AAUGAGGCAAUAAAUAUACACAACAAUAUGACAAGUAACAUCACACAACAAGAAAUAAAAUAUGCAGUAAGAGAAAUAACUAGCAAACCAGAUGAAAAAUUAAUCAAAAGAGUUCAGGAUUAUUUUGAAUUUUAUCCUGAAACACUGGAGCAAUUAACUGAUGAAAAAUUUAAAGAGACUUUUAUCAAAUUACUUUACAACUACGGUUAUUUACAUAGCGAACUGAUGACUAGCACGAUAGAGACCGAAGCCACAGGAAGAAUAAUUUUAGAGGUCUUAAUGAAAGAAAAUGGUCUAAAUCAAGAAGAAAUAAACGAAUUAUUAGAUAGAAACUGCUGA